AUGACGUCUGAAAUAGUGAAGUUCAGGUCAAUUGAUGAGCUUAAAUCAUUAUCCUUAUCGAUUACAAAUGAACUUAUAUCGAGCACACCAAAGAUACCUAAACUUUUAGGGCAUCAGGUUUCGCUUAUAGAAAUAUUCACCCAUGAAUCAAGGAAGCUAGAGAGAUUGGGUUACUGCGAUUUCGAGUUAGCCUUGGUCAGUUUUGAUAUCUCGGUGGCGUUAUAUAAAUUCUGCGAGAAAGCAGUAACCGUUGAGACGAAGGAGUUUCUUGAUGAUAUAAAAGUUACUUUACAGAAUAAGAAAAGCAAAUAUGAACAUAUGAUGGAGGUCUUUUCGAAUUCUCCGAAGGCUAAUGAAUCUAAUAAGAUCGACGGAUCAGUGGAUCCGUUAUUAGCCAGGUUUAAUAAUCUUAAAAGUCCUUCACCCCAGGAAAUGGAAGAUGGUUCUCAAAUAUCUCAUACAAAGAGUAUAAGCAUAGAAGCAUAUAAAUAUAGGGAGUUUAUUAAUCCAUCUGAGCUAUAUACAUUGCUUUUCCUGCAAACUUACUCGUCUAAGAGCAUUUUAUUGAUAGAUUUUAGGACUAGAAAGGAGUAUAAUUACAAUCACAUAAACCAUUCUGAAAUUGUGAACAUAGAACCGGAGUGGGUUAAUAGCUUAUCAGGUACACUGAAAGAAUUCCAUAAUGUUGUCGACCAAGAUCUAGAGGCAAGGCUUGAAAUGUUACUUCCUUCUGAACAAUACAAACGAUUUUUGAAAAGAUUCAAUUACGAUUUAGUGGUUAUAUACAAUUUCCGUUACGGUCCAAAUAUAGAAGAAGAUAGGUUUAUGUCACUCAAAAGUCUGUUGAUAAAUGGUGACUCGAACGGUAUCGCAGUACAGUGUCCAUUUCAAAAAUUAAUUGAUAUAAUAACAUACAAGAACAAAUAUAUAAGUUCAAAGCUAAAACGUCACCCUUGCAUUUUAGCAGGUGGUGUAAAAACCUGGUAUGAUAUGUUUGGUGACAAAUAUAUCACCAAAACUAACACUACACAAGUUCUUGCUAGGCCCGAGGCUUCAUUGUCAAGAGGCGGUAGUGAUUCAUCGAUACCUAGACAGAAGAAUGCUAAAACUCUAGAAGACUCUAUAAAUCCAGAAAGAUCUUCGUCGCCGUAUCUUAAAAACUUUGGUGACUACUUAUCUACUGCGAAGUCAAAGAAUACACCGAUAUCAAAUACCUUCUCACCUUCCACAUUAAUGGCGGCAACGACGUCUAAUAUUAAUUCAAACACAUCGACAAGUAUUCAAAAUUCCAAUCGCUUUCGUUCUUCUUCUUUGGAAGGCUCGUUUAUCAAUAAUGAUAAGCUAAGCUCUUCUCCACCACGACAGCAGAAGCCCAAACUCAAAUCAAGUCCGUCUAGAAGAGAAUCUAAUGCAUCGGUAUCAAACUUAUCCCAUACAUUGUCGAAUUCACUUAGUCCAUCAAAAUCUAGUUUGUCUUCUGAAAUUCCUUUUACUUCUAAGAAUAACAAUGCUGUUAAAUUUUUAGAGCAAUAUACUACAGGCCUCACUAAUCUUGGUAAUUCUUGUUAUAUGAAUUGCAUUCUUCAAUGUUUAGGAGCUACACCACAAUUAACCAAUUUUUUUUUUCCAAAUAUAUCAAGCUCAUCUUUGCCAUCGACUGCUUCGCUUCAAUCAUAUCGCCAGCAUAUUAAUGUGAACAAUAAACUAGGAACUAAAGGCAUUUUAACUACAAAUUUUGCUAAUCUAUUAAUGAAUAUGUUCUCAAAUGUUGGUAAAUACUUUACUCCAACAAGUUUUAAAAAGGUAGUGGGAUCAUUAUCCCCUGGCCAACAGUUUGCGACAUUUGAUCAACAGGAUUGUAUUGAAUUUUUAAACUUCAUAUUAGAUGGAUUACAUGAAGACUUAAAUCAAAUGCUAAUAUCGGACCCUGAAGAAAAAAGGACUAUAUUGGAAUUGACCCCAGAACAAGAGAAAACAAGAGAAUUUCUUCCUGUUAGAUUAGCUUCUACCAUAGAAUGGGAAAGAUAUCUCAAACUAAACUUUUCAAUUAUCGUUGAUUUUUUCCAAGGUCAAUAUUUAUCACAAUUAAAGUGUUUGGAAUGUGGGUUAACAUCAACGACAUACAAUGCAUUUCUGAUAUUAUCCUUACCAAUUCCAGAGAAACUUGGUUCCCUUAAGGAUGUUUCGUUACAUGAUUGUUUAGAAGGCUUUGUGACUACUGAAUUACUUGAUGAUAAUAAUAAAUGGCAUUGUCCUAGUUGCAAAAAGUUCACCAAACUGACAAAAAAAAUAACCAUCACCAGGCUACCAAACGUCUUAAUCAUUCAUUUCAAGAGAUUUAAAAUUAAUAGUAAUGGUUAUUUCAAUAAACUUGAUACUUUUAUAAAGUAUCCAGUUAAUGAUGUUUUAGACCUUACAUCAUACUGGCCAGACGUUGGCACGUCAGUUAAUGAUAAUCUUAAGUCAAAUGAAAAAAUAUCGAAGGAAAAGGAAAGGCAGAUUUUGUCAACGUUGCCAGCAAGAAAUCAACAACCUCCAUUCAGAUAUAAACUUUAUGGCGUGGCAAAUCACUAUGGUAAUCUAACCACUGGACAUUACACCUCCUAUGUUUAUAAGCAAAGUGAUUCAAAAAAGACAAGAGAUUGGUGUUACUUCGAUGACGCUAAGGUCACCUACAAUUGUAAAGAGAGCCAGGUAUUGAAUAGAAAUGCAUACUGUUUAUUUUACCAACGUAUUUAG